AUGUCCGUGAAGAGUUCUGUUGGGCCUGGCCGCAACUCGACAGGCUUCCGAGGUACCAUCCCAAGUACAGCGAUGGGCAUCAGGCGCGAGCCUUCAUCUUCAGGUCGAGAUUCCCCCGAUGUACCCGACUCCGAGCCGUCAGGAGAAGAAGACAACAUCGAUAUUGACAAUGAUGCGUUUGACCGGCUGUACACAGAGUCCUUUCGAGAUAUCUUGGUUCCCCUGCGCACGCCAUCUCCCCUGGGGCAGGCCCCAAGCUCGCCGUUUUCGUCACAGCGGAGAUCCGGUAGCGUAACACGAACGUAUGCGCACAAGCGAGCACGCCGCAACUCGAGCAGGACACCCAGGGACCAGUCUCCACAACCAGAGACCCGGGGUCGUACACGAACUGGGACCACGUUCAGGCCGACAAAUCUCCCGUCUGGGCCGUCACGAAAUAGUUCGACAGCGCGAUCUGUCAGCAGAGGCAGGAAGCGCAAUUCCACACCCUUUACCCGUGGAUCUACAGCCGCCUCACGCGAUGUCUCCCCAGAUCUUGUUCCUCCGCCGUCUGCGAAGGCGCGAUCGGCCAGCAGAGGCAGGCAGCGCAACUCUGCGCGGUUGGCUCGUGGGUCUGCGGUCGACUCGCGUGAUGUGUCUCCUGAUCCAGCACCUGCGCGCGCACGGCCAGCCAGCACAGGCAGGAUGCGCAAACCUACGCCAAUUUCUAGUAACAGUGCGGUUGCUUUGCGGAGCGACUCUCCUGAUCCAGUGCCCUCGUAUAAUGCACGAUCGGCAAGCAGAGGUGGUAGGCGCACUACAGCACUCUCAGUAGGCGACUUAGCACCUGGCCCUUCGCCUAGCGUAGCGCAGGGAAACAGUUCGAGGAACAAAUCGAUCAGCAGAGGCACUAGGCGUAUGCCUGCCGCGUCCCCUGGACCCUCUGUGGCGGGCACGCGCGAUGUCCCAACAAGCACUGCGCCGAAGCAGUCAUCGCGGGCGCAAUCGGCCAGCAGGAGCGCGAAACGCACACCUACAAUGCUAGACGCUGAAGCAUCCGUCAUCGAUACUGUAUCCGCCCCCGUGAGGCUUAUAGUGGGUAGAGUACCUACGCGCAGCUCGCUAUCUGUUGUAGAUGCCAUCAACCAAGGCCUGAGACAGAAGGCAAGCGGAGAAGCACAAGCAUCUACUACCCCUAGCUCCACCCUCCUCCAGUCCCGCAACGUUUCCCAGCCUCAUCUUUCGGAGACACAAACCCCCAUGAAGCGUCCACGUGGACGCCCGCGCAAGAAUUCACUGCCAGUGCCAGUGCCUGUUCCUACGCUGGGGAGACGCGAGGGCCUGCGCAGUGCCGGCCUAGCCGAGCGCGAUGGAGAGGUAGAAGAAGUGGUCGAUAUUCCCCAGGCGGACCGACAAGAGCCGGAAAUGGUCGUCAAGCGUCCAAGAGGACGGCCUCGCAAACAUUCGCUGCCUGUUCCAGCACCCACACAGACACAAUCACCGCCAAAGAGGCCUAGGGGUCGGCCGCCGAAAAACAAGGGCAAGUCCAAUGCUGGAGAGAUGGAAGCUGCGGUCGCAUCCGUCGCUUCACUGGGCUCUGCACCUGUAGCAAUUUCUGCGCCCUUACCUAGGGGCGGCGCCUCAUCGUCUCGGACGGAAGACCCGGUUCGUAGGCGUGCCAGCGGGAGACCGCCAACGGCGUAUGUGUCUGUUCCGAAGCCACCAGCAACAUCGGGCUCCGCAGACGUAUCCGCCCAGCCACGCACGUGCUUAUCGAAAGAUUGCGAUAUGGUAUUACCUCCCGCGAGCGAAUACCCGUACCCGCUCUGCGUUCCAUGUGCAAAGCAACUGGGUGCGCGUUUAUAUCAGCAUAUCUCGAAUAGCUCUGUCGCAAAGGCCAGUGGGUCAGGCUCCGGCCCAUCUGCGUCCGGAUCGCCCGAUGUACCCUCGGCUGCGUUCGCAGCUGAGGUGAGCGCGACCGCGGCCACAAGCACUCCCGCAGCCGCGCGCGGAGAACUUGCCGCGACCGCUGACGCUGAGGCUCGUGUAAGGCCUACAGCAGCUACUUCAACUUUUCUGGGGAAACGCAAGGCGAUCAUAAACACUGCUGAACCGUCCGGCGGCGGAUGGUGGCUGGACCCGACAAGUUUAACAUGGCGUCGCGCUGAGCCGCAGAAAGCGCCUGAAAUGUCUCUGUCGACUAGUGGGCCACACACUUCGACCGCCACCAGCUCUUCGUCAAAGACCCUCACCAUGGUACCUCCGAGUGGGCCGUCGACGUCUGCUACGACACUAGUUCCUCCAUCUCACGUUCUAAGUAUCCAAAAUGUCCAGUCAUCCGACCAGCAGAGGCACUCUCUACCUAGCCCUGUCAGUCGCGAAGCGUCACUGGGUCCGAUUGACCAUAUGGAUCCUAUUCAUCCUUCAUUUGCUACUCCUAUUCCGAGUCACUCUCUUUUACCUGCCGAUAUUCCCUUCCAGGAGUACCAAACCAGUACCGAGCUGGUCAAUGCACUCGCAGAGCGGUUUGUCACAUUCAGGAAUCCUACCCGUACUACAGCCGUGGGUGCUUCUGCCACUGCAAAUACUACAACGGCAGCGCCUGUUAGUCAGCCAGCGGCACCACCUGUCAGAAACUAUAUUCAAUUCAAGGGGAGCUAUGCCGUUGUCAUGAACCCUGAAUCAAUCAUCGACGAGUCUUUCAUUCGCCGAGUCGCAAACGAAAUUGUAUGGCAAAGCAAGAUUCAUAUACAGUUGGAUCGGAACCAUACCAUCGUCAUCCUACGGGGACAGUCUGCGUCGAUGGAGAUGCCAUGUCUCUGCGAUGCAGAUAAGCACGGGAAGCCGGCCACGUGCGGUGGGCACAUGAAAUUAGCCAUCACUGAGACGAAAUCUUCGCAAGUCGUGGGCAUCAUGAAGGGUAUGACUGUUUUUGUCGAACUCGUUCACUAAAAUCACACGCCAAGAAUUGGGACCAUUGGAGCAGUGCAAGGUUUGCUUCGUAUGAUCUACCUUGAUUCUUGUUUAAACCCAUGAGGGGACAAGCUAAAACUAUGUUACACACACGCCAAAUGUCUGUCUGCCAAAUGUGAUAUUGUCUGCGUGAAUGACUAUUGUUUGUGUACCCAUGUGCAUACAAAAAGCAAUUCAUGUUUUAUGUGUGGCG